GUGAGGCAGUGCGGGGCGGAACCGCGUGACUCCCCGCGCGGGCUGGCGGGAAGAGGCUCGUCCUCCCCUCAGGAUGGCGGCGGUCCUGCGGGCGGCUGGCCGGCGCCGGGGCCUCGGCGCUCCGGCGCGCAGGGCGUUUUGGGGCGGCCUGAGCAGGAAGGAGGAAAAAGAAGGAGAAGCAGACAAAAUAGUUCAUGAAGAGAAAAGUGAACCCAGCCUGAUCUGUCCUCCACCACGCAGCAGAAGCUAUCUUCCUCCAGAGGAUGUACAGAGCUGCCUUGAGUCUCACGUCAAGGAGAUUUUUGGACCCUCACUUCCUGAUAAUUGGCAGCAGACACCCCUCAAAGAAAACAGGUUAAAGUAUCGCCUCCUGGCUCAGCUGGCAGCAGAACUUGGUCACACUGUCCCCAACUCUCAGCUCCACCUGAUGUGCAGUGCUGAGGAUGUCUUGAAUUUCUACAGCACUCCUGUGAAGGAUGCUUCCAAGUUUGAUGAACUGUGUGCUGCAGAGCUACCCCCAAACCUGAAGAUUACCUGGGAGCAGUGAGUCGCACCAUGAAGCAUCACUUUGCUUUGCUUGUGUUCCUAAGGCAGGGCUGCAGAGCAGAAGCAGAGCCCUUUUAUUGUGGUAGCAACCAAAUAUAUGAAUAUCACUAAUAAAAGUUCAUUUAGUUA